GGCGGGGCCGCACGCAGCCAAUCGGGAGAGGGCGCUCGGCGGCGGCGUCGCCGUAGAAACGGCGGCGCCCCCAUGGCGGCGGGCGGUGCGGAGCGGCGGCCCCGGUACUUGACGGCGCGGGAGGUGGCGGAGGCCGGGCGGCCCCUGCUCAGCGCUCUCGGCCGCGUUUACGACCUGGGCCCGCUGCUGCGGGAGCGCCGCGGUGACGUCACCCUGGCCCCCCUGCUGGCCGCCGUCGGCACCGACGUGAGCCGCUGCUUUGACCCCGAGAGCGGCGACCCGCUGCUCCGCGUGGAGCCCCGCACCGGGCAGAUCGGCUCCCGGUACCCGCUGGGGACCCCGGGCGGCUCCCGGCCCCUCACGCCGCGCUCAGACGGGGCCCCCGCGCGGGACGCCGCGUGGUGGCGGGACCCCCGGCUGCAGGUGGGGCGUCUGACGGCCGACCCCCGCCUGCUGCGCCUCUGCAACGCCCUGACGGGCCAGACCUGCGUCAUCGAGGUGUGCGGGGAGGAGCCGGUGGGAGCGGCGCUGCGGCGGGCGCGGGGCUGGAAGGGGCAGCUGGAGAAAUACACGGCGUGCUACGGCGGCGUCCCGCUGAGCCUCCACCUCAGCCUGGAGCAGAACGGGAUCCCGGACAGCACCUCCGAGCUGCGCAGCCUGCGCCUCGACCCCAAGGACUUCAUCCCCACCGUGCUUCUCUACUUCAAUGACGACGCUGGCAGCGCUAGGGAAGUGGCCUUGAGGAGCUCCUGUGCAGAUCCAAGGAUGUUGUUGGUGUUACGGUCACUGCAGAUGAAGACUUCCACCCCAUGCACCCAUCUGGCAUGCACACCCGCUAUUUGCAGCUCAACAGUGCCACGGGACACCAGGUUGCAUCCUCCCAAGGGGCUGGAAGAGGGGGGAUUGGACAUUGGACACAAUCCUAUGGCACGCCUGAAGCACCUAAUAGUCCCCUGAGAUCCCAGUACCCCUGUAGCACCCAUAUGGCUCAUAAUCACCUGGAGUGCCCACACAGUAUCUCUACAGCUCCCAGAAACCCAAUGGGAUCAUGUAGACCCCUGUUCCUUCCAUGACCUCCUAAUCUCCACAGUACUCUCUACAGCUCUUAUAACCACCUAGAACUCCCAAACACCCCUAAUGUUGCAAAGACCAAUAAAAGCACCAAUAUAUCCCA